AUGGCCACGGCAACGCCUAGGGAUCGAGCAAACUGUUUUACAUGUGACAAAGAAAAAAUCGUAUAUCCAUGCGAAGGAUGUUCAAGAAAAUUUUGUUUGAAGGAUUUAACAGAACAUCGUCAAAGUCUUAGCAAACAAUUUGAAGGAAUCGAAAAUGAUCGUGAUCAGUUUUACCAAAAGCUUGCUGAACAAAAAAAAGAUCCAAAAAAGCAUUCUUUGAUUCAGCAAGUUGAUAAAUGGGAGAAAGCUUCGAUUAGAAAAAUUAAGCAAACAGCAGAAGAAUGUCGACAAAUAUUAAUUGAACAUGAAAAUAAGCAUCUAUUUGAAAUAGAAAAAAAAUUAAGUGAAUUAACAACACAAUUAAAAGAAAGUCGACAGGAAGAUGAAUUUAAUGAAAUCGAUUUAGACCGAUUCAAAACAACAUUCAUAAAAAUAGCGGAAGAACUUGGUCAGCCACCAAACAUUAGAAUUCAACAAGAUCUUACAUCAUUUAUUAGCAAAAUUUCAAUUGUCGUGUCAUCUAGAAUUUGUCAAGAAAAUGAAUUUAAUGAAAUUAAUUUAGAUCGAGCUCAAACAAACUUAUCAGAAGAUCUGAAUCAAUGGUCAAAUGUAUCUAUGCCAAAAGAUCUUACAUCCUUCACCAGUAAAAAUUCGACUACUAUAUCAUCUGGUAAAUGUGAUAAGGAUAUUUGA